AUGGCGGCCGCCACGCGACCCGCGCUGCCCGUGCCCGACCACGUGGUCUCCCUCACCUCCAGCCGCGCGUGGGGUCCUCAGGCUGGACAGCGAGGAGCGAGGUUGCCGUCGCGCCGCUGCAGCGAGGAGAGAUCGCUGCGCAGAGCAAGAUUGAAGGCGGGUCGCCGGCUCGCGGCAGCACAGCGGAGGAACCCCUACAAGUCAAUCAAUGCUGUGGGAGCUCAUGGAAGGCCUCGAGGAGGACGGAGCAACGGCGCCGGCGGACCAGGACAGGAAGACCCAGCCCGAGGCCACGAGAUUGCUCAAGGCCUCACGGGCAUCGGCGUGAAGACCCCGCUCAGGUUCAUGAACCAGAUUGGCUCUCCGAGGAAGGCGAACACCUAUGGAGGCAAGGAAAACAACAGGGAAGCGCAGGAAAUGGGUCGAACCGGGUCGCGGGAGAUCCGACGUCACCCCAAAAAGAGGCCGAGAUCGCACAAGUCGUUGGAGAGUUCGUGCAGAGCAGCGAAGAAUCUGAGAAUUUCGACCGUUGGGAUUCCAUUUGGAGGAAGAGGAACAGCUUCAGGAGUGAUCUGGGGGUCACGUCCCGGCGGGUCUUGGCCCUCUGUUCGAUCCGGCGCUGCUGGAUUCAUACGAGAAAGAGCUGUCUCAGGCGAAGGCAUAUCAAAGAAGAUGAUUUCGCCGUCAGCCAAGAUCAGGAAAAAGAGAAAUUUCAAGGACCCCGAGUCCGUCCUCCGAACGUUCCAGCAAAAUGCCGCCCGGUGGAGACAAUGGGUGGUCAUAUACACCACCACGCUGAGAGGCAUCAGGAAGACGUUCGAGGACUGCAACGCCGUGAGGUCGGCGAUGGAGUCGCACUGCGUGCCCAGAUGCUGGAGGGACGUGUCCAUGGACUCGGGGUAUAAGGAGGAGGCUGAGAAGCUGGAGAGGCUGAUCGGAGGAGCUGAUGAGGUGGUGAAGCUGGAGGAGAGGGAGCUUGGGGGUUCUGCUCGAUGGCAUUCCCAGGACUUCAAUGGAGUUGCUGUGAAGAUUCUUUCUAUAUUACCAUCUGAUGUAACAAUCUUUGAUUGCAAAGAGAUUAUGCUUGCUGUUAUGAGGGGCUUCAAGUUGAUCUCCUGCUGCAUUUUCUAUGGUUGGAAGUUCUGGAACGUUGUCUGUGCAUUCCUAACAAAGGAAGUUUGA